AUGGGUAUUCCGCAAGAAACAGCUAAACAGGCAUUAAGACAAGUUAAUAAUCGAAGUUUAGAUGAAGCUUUAGCUAUUGUUUUUGGUGAAUCAAAUUCAACUACAAAUAAAACCAAUACCGAGCAAUCUACUCAAGUAUAUAACUUUCCUACAGCAGCUCCUGCUGAUGAAAUGGAUGUAUGUGAAGAACCAUAUAAAAUGUUAUUUGUUGUAAAUGGUUCUCUUCGAAUGAGUUCAGGAAAAAUGGCUGCACAAGUUGCUCAUUGUGCAAUUGAUUUAUAUCAAAAAUUAAUAGAAAAACGAUCAAAAUCUUUAAAUUAUUGGCAUGAAUUUGGCGAAACAAAAAUUGUUGUUCGUGGUAAUUCAACUGAAGAACUAAUUGAUAUUGACUCACGUGCUAAAGCAAAUCGAUCGAUAAUUACAGCACUGAUUGAAGAUGCUGGUAUGACAGAAAUUGCAAGUGGUUCAAUAACAUGCGUUGGUUUAUUUGGUACAAAUAAACAAUUAAAUCCAAUAACCGGACAUUUAAAACUAAUGCAAGAUUGUUUAAAGUGUAGCGAACAAUAA